AAGCUGAGAGAAGCCGGAGGUGGCCCAAGUGGGCGGGAUCAGCCUCAAAGGCGGAGCGACUGAGCUGGGCGGUGCAAGCUUGCGGAACCCUAGGCGGCGAGGUCGCCGUUGUGAAGGGAACUAGUCCGGCGCAGGACGAGAAGCUUUUGCAGCCCAGCUGGUUCCGGUUGGGGAAGAUGGCGGUGGCUGGGGCGGCGUCCCGGGAGUCGCUGGUACACUGGUGCACACAGCAGUUGCGGAAAACUUUCGCCCUGGAUGUCAGCGAGGAGAUCAUACAGUAUGUUUUGUCAAUUGAGAGUGCUGAAGAGCUACGAGAAUAUGUGACAGACCUUCUACAGGGAAACGAGGGGGACAAAGGCCAAUUCAUAGAAGAUCUUAUCGCCAAAUGGCAGAAGAAUGAUCAAGAGUUGAUUUCUAGUUCUUUUCAGCAGUGCUGGAAAAAAGAUGAAAUUUUAGAUGGACAGAGAUCAGUAGACCAGCUGAAGCGGAGUAGGAGAAAAGGAAGAAACAAACAGGAAGUUCUUGCAUUUCCUGAACCUGAUCUGACUGUAGAGGUGAAAACUCCUUUAGAUUUGGCCAAGGCACAAGAAAGCAACAACUCAGUGAAGAAGAAGACAAAGUUUGUCAAUUUAUACACAAGAGAGGGACAAGACAGACUUGCAGUCCUGCUUCCUGGGCGUCACCCGUGUGACUGCCUGGGCCAGAAGCACAAGCUCAUCAAUAACUGUCUGGUCUGUGGGCGGAUCGUCUGUGAGCAAGAGGGUUCUGGCCCCUGCUUAUUCUGUGGCACUUUGGUGUGUACUAAUGAAGAACAGGACAUUUUACAGCGUGACUCAAACAAAAGCCAGAAACUGCUAAAGAAGCUCCUGUCAGGGGCAGAAAAUUCUGGAAAGGUGGACAUCUCUACCAAGGACCUUCUUCCUCAUCAAGAAUCUCGAAUUAAGUCUGGUUUGGAGAAGGCUAUCAAGCAUAAAGAUAAACUGUUAGAGUUCGACAGAACCAGUAUCCGAAGGACCCAAGUCAUUGAUGAUGAGUCAGAUUACUUUGCCAGUGAUUCUAACCAGUGGCUGUCCAAAGUUGAGCGAGAAACCCUGCAGAAGCGAGAGGAGGAGCUGAGAGAACUCCGACAUGCCUCACGGCUCUCUAAGAAAGUCACUAUUGACUUUGCAGGGCGGAAGAUCCUAGAAGAUGAAAAUCCACUAUCUGAGUAUCACAGUAGACUAGAUGAGACAAUACAGGCCAUUGCCAAUGGAACUUUGGAUAGAUCCUCUGAAGAGCCUUUGGGAGUUUUGGUAAAUCCCAACCUGUACCAGAGUCCUCCCCAGUGGGUAGACAACACUGGCUUAGCCCCACAAAGGAGGACUCCACUCUCAGCAGGACAGACACUAGAGCACAGUUUAUAUCAGCACCAGCUGCGAAUCCAGGACCAGGAAUUCCAGGAAGGCUUUGAUGGUGGCUGGUGCCUCUCUAUGCAUCAGCCUUGGGCUUCUCUGCUUGUCAGAGGGAUUAAAAGGGUGGAGGGCAGAUCCUGGUAUACGCCUCACAGAGGAAGACUUUGGAUAGCAGCCACAGGCAAAAAACCCUCCCCUCAAGAAGUCUCAGAACUCCAGGCUACCUAUUGUCUUCUUCGUGGGAAAGAUUUGGAAUUUCCGAAUGACUAUCCAUCAGGCUGUCUUCUGGGCUGUGUGGACCUAAUUGAUUGCUUGUCCCAGAAGCAAUUUCAGGAGCAGUUCUCGGACAUCAGUCAAGAAUCUGAUUCUCCAUUUGUUUUCAUCUGCAAAAAUCCCCAGGAAAUGGUUGUGAAGUUUCCUAUUAAAGGAAAUCCUAAAAUCUGGAAACUGGAUCCCAAGAUCCAUCAAGGAGCAAAGAAGGGGUUAAUGAAGCAGAGGAAAGCUGUCUGACCCAGGACAAAGGGACCAUACAGCAUAGUGGAGUCUCGGGACUAAACUGUUACCCACUGAAGGCUUGAUGCGACACUAGGCUUCAGUCUCUGAGGAUUUAAACUUAACCAAAUCUGUAUAUUUUUCUUACAAGGUGGGAUUCUUUAUGUAGUGGGCCAAACAUCUUUGAAUACAUUAUUUAUAAAAACUCAUUUUAAAAAUUCUA